UGCAUGCAAUUUUUUUUCAUCAGUACCACGGAAUGUAAAUAUAUUUGCAAUAAAUAAUGGGGGAACGUAGUCUGAUCGCGGAUGGUCAAACGGGACGAAGCUCCAGCACUUUAUUCUCUAAUUUGCUCACUUUUUGCGUGGAUUCAGUCUCCACCUGUUUCUCUCAUGACGCAGACAAACUUUGCGUCCCCGUCGGUCUCAGCUCUCUGUCUGUGCUGCUUUUUCUUCUUUCAUGCCUUGUGCUCUUGUAUCAGAGGUUCAAAUGUCGUGGAGAAAAUCCGGGGGAAACCAUCAUUUUCCUCUACUGCUUCCUCGGUAACCUGUGCAGCACAGUUGGAGCCAUCCUGUCAAGGCAGCUGUAUAUUCAGAUUUUAAUGGGUGCUUUUGCUGCUGCUAUGGACGCUGUCAAUUAUUUGUCUUGCUGCUUCCCAGUGUUCCUGUGCUGGAACUCAAAGACAGAAAGAAGGCUGAGGAUGAUGAGGAAGCGGAGAAGGCAGCACCUCCUUGCAGUGUGUGUAUUGAUGGUGGUUGCAGGAGGUUUUCUGAAGUCCAGGGUCACCCAGGACCCAGCAGACAGGCCUCUCAGUGGGAGGAGACUGCUGCAUGUCACCCUCCAACAGGACAACACUGAAAUCCUGGGUUACACACUUGGCUUGAUCUCCUUUGUCAUCGCCUGUACCUCCAGGUUGCCUGCAGUCUGCAGAGCUUACAGAGGACAGAUGCUGACCCAGGCCCACAUGUUCUCAGGACUGCUGUGCUCACUGGCUGGUGCCCUCUACGCUGCUGCCAUACUCCUCUACGACACUCAGUUGGUGUCUCUUCUUAGAGUCAUGCCAUGGCUGCUGUCAGCAAUGUGCUGUGUCGGUCUGGAUUUUCUUACUGUAGUCCUCCACUGGUGCAAGAGAGGAACCAGGCAGCGCACCAUGAGGUUUUCUCCAGACACAGAGAUCCUUUUAGGUAGCUCAGGCAUCCCCACUGAGGAGAAAGCUGUUAUGAAGGAACACAGAAAACAAAAAGUUAAUUCAUCAGCAGAAACAAAAAUGAAAAGUGUCCAGAAGAUGGCUGAAAUGGGACGUUACAUGGAUGUCAGUAUUCACCCUGCAAGAAAAAUCUGCCUAAAGGGGGUGACAUUGUCCAAGGAGGAGAGGGAGGAGGACCAGCCUCUCAACAGGACAGUGCGAGUGAUCAGAGUCGACAGUUUUUGCUUUUCAGAUACAUCCUGUGACUCUUCACCAGUCAGUUCUGAUCUGGAGGUGGGCAGGAUGGAUGAAGUAUCAGUGCUUACAUGGGAUUUUGAAGUGGCAAAUGGCCAGUGGAGAGAACCAAGAGAAGAACAACAGGAGGGGGAUAAGUUCCCCAUCCACAUGUGGCCAGCAAACCCCAAACCCUUUAACAUCUGCACCUGUCCCAUAUCUGGACUCCCACAGGAAACUGGGUUCCAGGUUGGUGUGGUGAGAGAGCAAGCUAACUACGGGGAGGAGGACCGCCUGGGGCAUCGUGUCCCUGGCUCUCAAGUCAUUGCAGAGAUUGGGGAGGGAAUGUUCUUGCUGCACUGCACCCACUGCCUAGCGCCGGCCAGGGGACUGCUAUUGUAA